AUGAUACGAUGGCUGCUGGCCCUACUCGCUACGGCCGCGCGCCCGGUCAAGAUCUACGAUGCAACCAACUACUCAGCGGCGACCGCAGACACGAGCGCGUCGUGUCGGGUUCUGCACUGGCCGCAGACGAGCCGCAAGUCUGGCAUCUUGCCCCAGGGGGCUGCCGACUUUUUCGACAUCAUCGUCACCGAUGACAUCAACGAGGCGCCAUGGCUUGGGGCAGAAGGCAAGAUGUACUUCCUUGAAGACCGGGACUUCCGUCUGGGCGACCUCUCCCGCGAGCUGGCCCAGCUGAAGGAGGCGGCCCCCAUCGAAUGGCGCCGGGAGGGCAUGUCAGUCUUCUUACCGGCCGGCGACAGCCAUCGCCAGGAGCUGGAGGAGGCAAAGGUGCUUAUGCCGGCCAGCUACUUCAUUGACGAUGGCACCUUUGAGACCCGGCAUCGGGCCUUCAAGAACUUCACGUUCUCAGUACUGCGGAUGUUGGACCAGGACGACCUUUGGCUGAUUGACUACACGAGAUACUUCUCCUACGCUUUGGUCAAGUUUCGAGACUUCUCCGUGGAGCAGGCCAUCACCUUCAUGCUGACGGCCCCAGCUGAUGCACUGUACGUCUACGCAAACUCUGUGAAGAUUGUGCAGGAGUUCUUCUACAUGAGGCAAGAGGGCUGUUGCCAACGAUCUUUUUUCUGGCUUCCAUCUACAUGGGCAUUUCCCAAAACAGGGGAACACCUUUUUACACCCCCAAACAGAACAAAAUCCGAUUAA